AUGUCCGUGGUGCCGCCCAAUCGCUCACAAACCGGCUGGCCCCGAGGGGUCAACCAGUUCGGCAACAAGUACAUCCAGCAGACGAAGCCCCUCACCCUGGAGCGAACCAUCAAUCUGUAAGUACCCUCUACCAAUUAUACUUUUGGUACAAAAGAGCCCCUCUAUGAGAAGGACAGCUCUGUUGCAGCCAGAUUUCAGCGCAUGAGGGAGGAAUUUGAUAAAAUUGGAAUGAGAAGGACGUUAGAAGGGGUUCUGAUUGUCCAUGAACACCGGCUACCACAUGUGUUACUGCUGCAGCUGGGCACAACUUUCUUCAAAUUACCUGGUGGUGAACUUAACCCUGGAGAAGAUGAAGUGGAAGGACUAAAACGCUUAAUGACAGAGAUACUGGGUCGUCAAGAUGGAGUCCUGCAAGACUGGGUCAUUGAUGACUGCAUUGGUAACUGGUGGAGACCAAAUUUUGAACCUCCUCAGUAUCCGUAUAUUCCUGCACAUAUUACAAAGCCUAAGGAACAUAAGAAGUUAUUUUUGGUUCAACUUCAAGAGAAAGCCUUGUUUGCAGUCCCUAAAAAUUACAAGCUUGUAGCUGCACCAUUGUUUGAAUUAUAUGACAAUGCACCAGGAUAUGGACCCAUCAUUUCCAGUCUCCCUCAGCUUCUGAGCAGGUUCAAUUUUAUAUACAACUGAAUUCCUGCACAGUGGAGAAGUAAAGAAGCCGUCUCUGUGAGCACAGCUAUAACACAUUGUAGAAUAAACAUGGUAGACAAGGUUUUUUUUGGUUUUGUUUUGUUUUGUUUUGUUUUUUAUCUCUUCCCCAAUCCCUAAAUUGCUACCUAUUUUCUGUUUGAAUAGUAAAGUUAAUAUGAAGAACUAGAUAGUGGUGUAAACAAAUGUGAUAAAGUUUAAUUUACUUUUGGUUCUACUCCUACUUUUUGUACAACAUUAAAGAGUAUGGACUUCUUUCUAUUUGUAUUUUUGUUUUUCACAUUAAACUUGGAAAAUUCUUAC